AUGUCCCGUGAAGCUUACCAGGUGCCGGCUCAGCUGAACCAGAAUGCCUUCAGCACCGACAUGGGUGCUGGUGCCGUCGACGGACCCUCGGUGUUCUACCGCUGCGGCGACUGCUACGCCCGCGUGUCGCUGAAGAGGGGCGACCAGAUUCGGUGCAAGGACUGCGGUCAUCGUGUGCUGUACAAGGAAAGAACGAAGCGGAUGGUCCAGUUUGAGGCCCGAUGA